CGGUACAUUUGACCUUCCAUGAUUUCAGAUAUCGCUUCUAUUUUAUAGUCAAGCUUCUACGUUGUAAAUUGUUGUAACUGUUACGCAGAUUGCUCUAUAAUUUUAAAAUAGAUUCAUUUAUAUUGCUUUAAUUUGAGGAAGUUUUACUUUUAAAUAUUUUACUACCAUUUGAACUACUAUAUCUGCGCCAUCUUCCGGAUAUUGGUCGAUAUUUUUUUUUGACAGAACAACGUUGACAUUAAACCACGUGUUUGAUAACCUAUAAAUUUGGUAAACUCUUUUUGCAAAGAUGCCUAAAUCAAAAAGGGAUAAGAAAAUUUCUUUAACAAAGACUGACAAAAAAGGAUUGGCUUUGAAACAGAAAAUCGUGGAAGACAUACGAAAUUGUGUAGAAAAGUAUAAGAGUAUAUACGUAUUUACGUAUAGAAAUAUGAGGAAUGAAACGAUGAAAUCGGUACGAGAAGAAUGGAAACCAAGCAGGUUUUUCAUUGGAAAAAAUAGAGUUAUAGCCAUAGGAUUUGGUAGAACGGCAGAAGAAGAGGUCGGGGAAGAUUUACAUAAGUUGUCAAGUUGUUUAAAAAACCAAUGUGGACUUCUGUUUACUGACUGCAAAAAGAAAGAAGUAGUAGAAUGGUUCAAAGAUUAUUCUGUACAAGAAUUCGCUAGAUCAGGUUUCAUACCUAAGAGCACAAUAAAAUUAGAAGCAGGACCUUUAAAGCAGUUUUCACAUGCUAUUGAACCUUAUUUGAGACAGCUUGGAUUGCCAACAAAAUUAGAUAAAGGAGUCGUAACGUUAUUAAAAGACUUUGAAGUGUGUACCAAAGGUAAAAGUUUGACGCCUGAACAAGCGAAAAUUCUGGAAUUACUAGAGCACAAAUUGGCAACUUUCAAAUUGAUACUGAAAGCGAAAUGGACUAAAGGAAAGGGUUUUGAAAAGUUUAAAGUAGAAGAUGAUGAGGAUGAAGAGGAUAAUGAGGAUGAAGCUGAUGUAGAAAUGGAUGGUGAUGAUAAUUAGUGAAUGUGUUUUAGUUUUUAAAUAUGUGUACAUAUUUAUUUUUAUUAUUAUUAUAAAUAAGAUUGAAAAAGUUUGUUGGUUUUAAUUUUUAAACAGUAAAUGCCUUUUUGACAGGUAAUGACAAUAAUAAACUGGUGCAAAAUGGUAAGUAAAAUAAAAAAUCAAUAUUUUUGUUAUUUAUUUUAUUUAUUUAUACUGCAAAACUAACAGAAUGCAAUCCAUUUACAUGUUAUAGAGCACUUACAGUAAUUACUAAAAAUAAAUUUAAAAAUGG